AUGGCAGAGCAUCUACCUAGCGUGCAAAAGGUCCCAGGUCUCUCUAGGAAGGGUGGGGGGAAACUCCCAUCUGAAGCCUUGGAAAGCAGCUCACAAAUCGGUGUAGAAUCGACAACGUUUCUGGGCACCACACUGAGUAUAUCUGCAUACAUCGAGAAUGAACGCCUGAAAAAUGAGCGAAACGAGUUGCCACUGGGGGUCAGCAGCGAGCAGGCUUCAUCGGCUUACUCCCUUUCAUGUGAUUCAGGGGCGGAACACAAACGGAAGGGGAAAGGCCAGAGGCCUCCGAAGGCUCCACGCCGGCGAGUAAAGUCCUCGCGUGUUUUUGUUGGCCUGUGUUCUGCCCCAGCCCUCGCUUCCCACCGCCUCAGGAUGACUUUUCUACUGCAAGCGCGCAGAUCGCUUCUCUGUGGCUUAGCCAACCCAAGGAGGUCUAUGGUGGCGGCAGCACGCCAAGGUUUGGGGAGCCACAAGAAAGUGGUGGAUCUUUUCUACGAUGUGGUGUCUCCGUAUUCCUGGUUUGGAUUUGAGGUUCUCUGCCGGUACCGUCCCAUCUGGAACAUGGAGCUGCGUUUUCAGCCGGUGUUCCUUGGAGGCAUCAUGAAGGCGACUGGUAACCAGACCCCAGCAAUGGUGCCCAAGAAAGGGCAGUACAUGUCAAAGGACCUCAUGCGAGUGGCAAAAUUCUACCAAGUGCCAAUCUGUCUCAUGAAGGAUUUUUUCGGGACUGUUCUUGAAAAGGGCAGUCUGCCAGCUAUGCGUUUUGUCACAGCUGUGGAUAUAACAGAGCCACAGUUUCUGGAAUCUGUGUCUAGAGAACUUUGGAUGCGCAUUUGGUCCCGGGAUGAAGACAUUACCCAGCCAGAGAGUAUUUUGGCAGCUACCGAGAGAGCAGGGUUACCUUUAGACAAAGCUCGGAAACUUCUGGAAAUGAGCACCUCAUCAGAGGUGAAGAAUCACCUGAAAGCUGCAACAGAUGAAGCAGUAAGAUACGGGGUAUUUGGGUUGCCAUCUUUUGUCACCCACAUUAAUGAUGAGCCUCAACUUAUCUUUGGUUCAGAUCGUUUAGAACUGCUGGGAAGUCUCUUGGGAGAGAAAUGGCUGGGACCAGUUCCCACAUCUUCUAAGUUAUGAGAGCUCUGAGGAACAAUGGGACAUCUAAACCACAACAGUCAGGGAGUGUCUGCUUCCUCAAGGUGAAUGCAGGAGGCCUGGUGGACAGAAGACAACACCACAAACACAAUUCCUGAUGCUUCAGAAAGCAACACAGAGCGAUCAUCUCCAUGUGCAGUGCACCUCAUGUACAUGAGUGUGUAUCUAAUGUGCACUUGACCUAUGUAGGUUGCUGGUAUGCCGGACAUGUCGAUGUGCAUUAAAAUAGACAUUAGUGAUGAAGCUUCA